AUGACCACGACAGUAUCGAGGCGUCAACGUGCUGUAGCUCCUCCUCGCGCGUCCAGCUCGGGUGGCGCGGAGCGAAGCGACGCGAGUGGCGGCGCUGGCGACACUCACGCGCAUCGUGCCGACGCGCCGUCCAACGCGCAGCGUGCGGGAUUGUGGCUGACUGCAGCUGCGGCGGCGGCGGCGGUUGUUGCGGCGCCUUUUGCGGUCGCGCCUUGCGCUCUCGCCGACUUCAAGACAUACAACCACGCUUACCUACGCGGCGCGGACAUGUCCAAUCAGGACCUUUACCGAUCCAUAUUUGCUGCGUGCGACUGCAGGCUGAUCAACCUGAGUGGGUCGAACCUUGCUGGCAGCACCGACACAUUUGCCGGCUUUGAGCUCGCCAACCUCGAGAACACAAACUGGGAGCGUGCUCUUGCGGACCGAGUUGUUUUCAAAGGGGCCAACCUUCGCAACGCAAACUUCACCAACGCCAUUCUCUCUGGAUCGCAGUUCGAAGGCGCCGAUGUGACCGGAGCAGACUUCACAGAUGCGAUAGUGGACAAUGCACAGAGGCGGCUCAUGUGUCGCAAGGCCAAGGGGGUGAAUCCAGUGACAGGGGUAGAGACCAGGGAGAGCCUCGGCUGCUGA